UUUAUACAAAAUUAUAUAUAAUAAUACAAAUUUAAUUACUCUUUUAACAAUUUUCAUAUAAGUUCUUAAUCGCUGUGCAGUUAUCACUUCAAUCCGUUUCACUUAAAUCUAAUCAUAAAGACUCUAUAGCAUCAGUUAGCUUCGCUACAAUUUCAGACGUCCAGUUCUCUCUUAAUAAUCGAUUAUCGAAGUACUGAAAAAGAUGCACACACGCAACAUCGUUGAGCUUGCGCUCGUCGACCUUGCAAUCAAUGUUACCGAGCUUUCGUAAACAGUUGUUUUCAAACUGUCUACGAAUAUGCAUCUCACUGUACUAAAUGAGAGUGAUUAUAGAGCGCGAAAUCUAAAGUAUAAGGAAGAUAUCGCUUAUGUAACCAAACACAACAAGUGGAUUUUGAAAUCUAUCGGUAUUUGGCCAAUAUUUCUAAAGAAUGUCGCAAAAUUUCUACCGAAAAUCAUAAUUGGAAUUAGUAAUUUUGUCCUACUUUUCGCCAUUAUACCAUGCAUCUUGUAUAUCAUGUUCGAAGAGAAGAAUAACGUGAUAAAAUUAAAAUUAUGCGGUUUAUUGAUAUUCUGCUCGAUUGCGUUGAUGAAGCACUGGGCGCUCGCCUAUCGCAAACCAAAAAUUAAGAAUUGCAUCGAACAGAUAGAGAAUGAUUGGGAACAGGUCAGUAAAUUAUUUAAAAGAAUUGAAUAAGAAAAAAUAAAAAGUUGAAAACAACUUGACAAUUAAUAAUCGUAAUUUUUAAAUUAGUCAAUAUGUUAUUUCUUAAAGUUAAAAAAAACAUUUAGUGUUUCGUUAAGGGCACAUCUCUACUGGAUGUGACAGGUAGAAUUAUAUGAGGAUCGCGAAAUGAUGCUAAAAUACGGGCAAGUGGGUAGAAAUUUGACAAUAAUUUGUGCCGUUUUUAUGUAUACCGGUGGCAUUAUUUAUCACACAAUUUUACAAUACAAAAUCGGUACGUUUAUUGAUGAAUAUAAUCGCACGAUCAAGCCGGUAAUUUAUCCCACAUAUAGCGGCCUAUUUAAUGUUCAAAGAAGCCCUAUUUAUGAAUUAAUAUAUUUUCUUCAUUGCACAUGUGGAUACAUCAUGUAUUCCAUAACUGCUGGUGCUUGUGGAUUAGCCGCACUUUUCGCAACACAUGCUU